GUGUGAUUCUGCCGUUCAGCAGGAGAAGAUUGCAGAGUUGCAAAAUUACCAGAGGAUCAACCAUUUUCCAGGAAUGGGGGAAAUCUGUAGGAAGGAUUUCUUAGCAAGGAAUAUGACCAAGUAAUCUUCAUUUUCUUGUAAUAGAGAAGGCCUGUUCAAAAUUUACAUUAUGAAUAUUAUAGUGCUAUUUUUCAUAAGGUUUCAUUAAUUUGAAAUGAUAUUUAGAUUGCAGAGAGAGUAUUUCAGAGCUGGAAGGAUCUUAAAAGAUCUCUGGUUCUCAUCUUUCACUUUGCAGAGGAGGUAACUUAGGUUAGAGAAAUGAAUAUUUUGCACGAAGUCAAAUGAAUAGUUAAUAGUAGAGCUGGGCCAGAAUUUCAGUCUCUAGAUUCUCAGAGCUUUUUGUACUGUAACAUGACUCCUUUCUAGUACCGGAAGUUUUUCUUUUAAAUGUAAGAGGUUAUCUAUAUGUAGCAUUCAAUAUAUGCUUAUUUGUUUCUAGUUAAGUCUUGCAGGAACUAUUUGGUUGCAUAUCUGGCAUGUGUGCAUGUGUGUAUGUAUUUGUAUUGGAUAUUGAUCAUCUAAUAUAUGCCAGGCACUGUACCAGUUGCUUGCAUGUAUACACAUAUACAUAAGCACACAUAUACAUACCCACCCAGGGAUGUACAUGCACAUAUGUUUAUCUCUGGAAUUGAUAUAUAGAGUCAUGGUCUGCUUUCAUGGGAAAAAUUGCUAACAGAUACUCAAGUCUUUUACUGAAUGAACUACAGAAUUCUUAAUGCAGUUUAUAUUUCUCUGAAGACAUUUUUUAGCUUAAGAAAGCCGAGUGAUAGAUUUUUUUAAAAGAGUACUAUUUUUUACAGAGAAAUUUUAGUAAAUGUGCUUGUAUAAUUAAAGAAAUGUUAGUAUUCUUCCAUUUGAACAUUUAUAGUUAUGCAUCCAUUCAUUCAACAAAUAUUUUUUGGUGUGUCUACUUUAUGCCUACAGACUGCCGACCUUUAAUUAAACAAGAUAAAAAAGGCCUAGUCCCUGCCUGGAACUCACACUCCAGUAAGGGAGAAAGACUAAUACACACAAUAUAUUUUAAUAGUGCCAGAUAGGUAGGGUCAAUAUAAGGUUGUUACAAAGAUGGUGGGAGAGAUCAUCUUUGGGAGGGAAGGCAAGGCUUUCCAGAGAAGGUAAGGUAUGAGAUGGAUAUUGAAAGGUGUGUAGGAUUUCACCCCUUUAUGAAGAAGGCAAGGGGAUUGGAGGCAGACACAGCAGGAGAAAAUAUAUGCAGGCUUGAGCCAACAUGAUGUGUUUGGGGAUCUUUAAGCAGUUUCUAUAGUUUAGAGGACAUUGGGAAGCUCAAACUGAGUUGAUGAUGGAGCUAUAUGCAAGGGCUGGGCCAAGUAUGCCAUCCUAUUAUAUUUCUAUUUAAUCACUUAAUCAUUCAUUCAUUAAUCUCUUUAGUCAAUAAACAUUUGAGUUUAUCCUGAGAGAAAUGAGGAGUGAUUUAAUGGGUUUAAGCAGAGAAGCAAAAUGUUUUAGAUAAUCUUGGGGCACUGUGGUUAAUGGCUUAGAUGAAGGUGGGACCAGAGGGAGGAAGCCCUGUGAGGAGAAGAUUGUCAAGAUCUAGGUGAGAAAUAAUGAGGAUCUACACCAGAAGGGAGAUAGGGGGAAUAGAAAAUAGAGAAUAAAUCUGAAAGGUAUUAAGAAGGUAGAAUUCAUAGAACUUGAAAACUGAUGUCAUGCAAAAAUUAAAGGCAAAGGAGAAAUCUCCAAGAUGACCCCUAGGCUUCUGGCUUAAAGUAUUGUGUAGGUAAUAUGAUUUAUUAACAGGAAAUCCAAGGAGGCAAAUGGACUUCAGAGGAAAGAAUGAUCAAGUCUCAGCCCCUGGAUUAUACCUUUGUUCCUCGAACAUGGAUCUUCCCUUCUGAAUAUACUCAAUUCCAGAAUUAUGUGAAAGAAUUAAAGAAAAAACGGAAGCAGAAGACUUUUAUAGUAAAACCAGCUAAUGGUGCAAUGGGUCAUGGGAUUUCUUUGAUAAGAAAUGGUGACAAACUUCCAUCUCAGGAUCAUUUGAUUGUCCAGGAAUACAUUGAAAAACCUUUCCUAAUGGAAGGUUACAAGUUUGAUUUACGAAUUUAUAUUCUGGUAACAUCGUGUGAUCCCCUAAAAAUAUUUCUGUACCAUGAUGGACUUGUGCGAAUGGGAACAGAGAAGUAUAUACCUCCCAAUGAGUCCAAUUUGACCCAGUUAUACAUGCAUCUGACAAACUACUCUGUGAACAAGCAUAAUGAGCAUUUUGAAAGGGAUGAAACUGAAAACAAAGGCAGCAAACGUUCCAUCAAAUGGUUUACAGAAUUCCUACAAGCAAAUGAACAUGAUGUUGCUAAGUUUUGGAGUGAUAUUUCAGAAUUGGUGGUAAAGACUUUGAUUGUAGCAGAGCCUCAUGUCCUGCAUGCAUAUCGAAUGUGCAGACCUGGUCAACCUCCAGGAAGUGAAAGCGUCUGCUUUGAGGUCCUGGGAUUUGAUAUUUUGUUGGAUAGAAAAUUAAAGCCAUGGCUUCUGGAGAUUAAUCGAGCCCCAAGCUUUGGAACUGAUCAGAAAAUAGACUAUGAUGUUAAAAGGGGAGUGCUGCUAAAUGCACUGAAGCUACUAAACAUCAGGACUAGUGACAAAAGGAGAAACUUGGCAAAGCAAAAAGCUGAGGCUCAAAGGAGGCUUUAUGGUCAAAGUUCAAUAAAAAGGCUUUUACCGGGUUCCUCUGACUGGGAACAACAGAGACACCAAUUGGAGAGGCGGAAGGAAGAGUUGAAAGAGAGACUUGCUCAAGUACGAAAGCAGAUCUCGAAAGAAGAACAUGAAAAUCGACACAUGGGGAAUUAUAGACGGAUUUAUCCUCCUGAAGAUAAAACACUACUUGAAAAGUAUGAGAAUUUGUUGGCUGUGGCCUUUCAGACCUUCCUUUCAGGAAGAGCAGCUUCAUUCCAACGAGAGCUGAAUAAUCCUUUGAAAAGGAUGAAGGAGGAAGAUAUUUUGGAUCUUCUGGAACAAUGUGAAAUUGAUGAUGAAAAGUUGAUGGGCAAAACUACCAAGCCUCGAGGACCAAAGCCUCUAUCUUCCAUGCCUGAGAGUACUGAGCUAUUGAAAAAACAGAAGUACAACAGCAGUGACAGCAGUUAUGAUAGUAGCGGGAGCUCUUCAGAAUGCGAAGAAAAUGAAAAAGAAGAGUACCAAAACAAGGAAAAAGAAAAACAAGUUACAUAUAAUCUUAAACACUCCAACAACCUCAAAUUAAUUCAACAAUCCAGCUCCAUAAGGCGUUCAGUCAGCUGCCCUCGGUCCAUCUCUGCUCAGUCACCUUCCAAUGGGGACACCCGCCCCUUUUCUGCUCAACAAAUGAUUUCAGUAUCCCGGCCAAUUUCAGGGCCCCGGUCACAUUCCUUAAACCGUGCUUCCUCCUACAUGAGACAUUUGCCUCAGGGUAAUGAUGCCAGCUCUACUAACUGUCAGGUGAGUGAAUCUUUGCGGCAACUGAAAACAAAAGAACAAGAGGAUGAUCUAACAACUCAAACUUUAUUUGUUCUCAAAGACAUGAAGAUCCGAUUUCCAGGAAAAACAGAUGCAGAAUCAGAACUUCUGAUAGAAGAUAUAAUCGAUAACUGGAAAUACCAUAAAACGAAAGUGGCUUCGUACUGGCUCAUAAAAUUAGACUCUGUAAAACAACGAAAAGUUUUGGACAUAGUCAGAACAAGUGUCCGUACUAUACUUCCACGCAUCUGGAAGGUAUCUGAUGUUGAAGAAGUAAAUUUAUAUCGGAUUUUCAACCGAAUUUUUAAUCACUUACUUUGGAGUCAUGGCCAAGGACUAUGGAACUGUUUCGGUGAUUCAGGAUCCUCUUGGGAGAGUAUAUUUAAUAAGAACCCGGAGAUGGUGACUCCUUUGCAGCUCCAAUGUUGCCAGCGCCUGGUUGAGCUUUGUAAACAGUGCCUGCUAGUGGUUUAUAAAUAUGCAAAUGAUACAAGAGGAUCACUCUCAGGCAUUGGUCCUGAUUGGGGUAAUUCCAGGUAUUUACUACCAGGAAGUACACAAUUCUUCAUGAGAACACCAACCUACAACUUGAAAUACAAUUCACCUGGACUGACACGCUCCAAUGUUUUGUUUACACCCAGAUAUGGCCAUUUGUGAAACAGAAGGGGAAAUUGCCAUGAAUUAUGUAUAAUGGCAAUUAAUUUUCUUCAAUUUAAACAUGCAAAGAAAGUGACCAUUAAGUGCUGGUUUAUGUAUAUAUGCCAUACAUAUGUGAAAAUAUAUACACACAUGCACUCAAAUAAUAUAUAUUUAUUAUAAUGUAUGAAAGAAGAAUUAUAAGAAAACUGAAUAUAAGAUUUAGCCUUUCUGGAAAUAUGAUAAACAUGUUAAAAUUGUUUACAUAAAUAUGUGAAUGUCUAGAACUUGCUAGGUUUAUAAUUAACUUCUUCCUACUAGAAAUAUUAUUUUUGCUGCAGAAUAUAUAAAACAGAAUUGAUCUUAAAGAUCCCAUUACAGUGUUAAAUUAUUUUCUAGAUAACAUGCCUUUUGACUUGAAAAAAGCAAAAUAGUAUAAUACCUUAUUAAUUCUCUUAUAUAUAGUAGCCAUUUAAAAUGAAAAAAUAAAAGAUAUAGAAGCCUGUUCAUGCUUAAUAGAAUUAAGUAUAAAAUGGCUUAUUAUUUCUAUAGCAUACUGUAAAGUACUAUAAAAAUUCCAACCUGAUUCUCCAAUAUCUUUACUCCUCCAUGUGGAAGUUUAGCUACUUGUAACAAUGUACAUUUUCAGUAAGGAUCUGGUAAGAUCAUAUUAUGGUUUAAAAUGGAAGACAAUCCAGUGGGUUAAAAAUAAAUAAAACACAAACAAGCUUUUAUUUUUACUUUGCAUUGGGAGUCACAUUAAGGAACAGAAAUGAUGGUAAUGACAGAAUCCUUCCAUAUGAUUUUUGUGUCUCAUACCAUUCAUUUUUGCUGGAAAAGGAUAUCUUCAGUGGGUGGAUACAAAUACAGUAUCAUCUCUUCUGUAUAAGUAAAAGAGCUGACAUUUCAAACUCACUUCGAUGUUACAGGAUAAUGUUUCACAGUCUCUCAGUGUUGAGACCAACUCACAUUCAAUAUCUAAUACACUAGUCUCACACUGCAUCAUAGAACAUAAUAUAAAUAUUGCAAAUAGAAGAGUCUGAUUACUAGAUAUUAUUAAACAGUGUACCCCUGAGGUUUUUUAAAAAUCAAAAUAUAGUGUGAAGUUUUCUCCCUGUCCAAAGUUAAUUAUGUGUAAGUUCCAUAGCAGUUUACUUCCUUUUCUUGCUUACAGUUUAAAAAACAGUGUGUGAGCUUUCAGUUUUCUGUAAAAGUAUAAACAGCACUAUCAUUGAUACUGAAAUUCUCAGGAAGUGCAGUAUCUGCCUUUUAGCAAUUCAUUUAAAAACUUCUUCUCCCAACAGUUUUAUUUUCUCACAGACGCUAAUUAUUUGCAAAAAUUCUUGAAUGUUUUACCUCCUUGUACUAUCCCAAAAACAGUUUUCAGUAAAUCCAAAAUUGGCCCCAAAGCAGAAAGAGAACUGAGAGAGGCAAACUGGCCUGGUUUAAUUCACAAGCUGGAUAAUUGGCAACCCAAAGUUGUAAGUUAGAUAUAUUUUGCUUUCAAAGCUAUAUUCUGAGUCAGUGUUGGGCUAAAAUAAUUGGUUUCUUCCCUAAAUUAUUGCUGCCUACUUGAUUCCUUAUGACCAUCUAAUAUCUACAUUCUAGUAGAUAUUUUCCUUGCUGGAUGCAGCCCAAAGAAGAAUUUGCUUUUGUCUUUUCGGACAAAGAGGAUAAGCAUGCCGGGAUGAAGGAAAUUACCAAGUAGUUAUGAUUCUUUAUGACUCCUCAUUUUGUGAAUUCUUUAAAUAUGUUACAGAUUUCUUAAAAUAAAUAAUGCAAACAUUGGGGUACAUCGCAAAAUCACUAUAAGAUUUUGAUCAAGAAGUAAGCCUUUUCCUGGAAUAUUUUUAUUCAUUUUCUCUGAAAUUAAUGGCCUUGAAUGAGAUGCAACUUUUAGCUGUCAAUUAAAUAUCAACCCAGUUUGCUAGCCACUCUCUUACAUUAGCUUAAAUCACAAAUUGGUAACUUAAUUUGCUAGAGCAGAUGAUUUGGAACUUUUGUCUUUAGUUGUACAUGAGUGAAAUUUUUAUUUAAAACAAAAAGAAUUUCCAACAUGGGGAGAAGCCCUUCCCCCUCCCCCCAAAAAAUGAAUUAGAGUAAAUUUAAAUAUAGACAAACUACUUGAACGAAUUUCAUUUCUCUAGUUGUGUAUAAAUGUGGCCUUAUUUUGAGUACUGGAAUUUUAUUGCCCAGAGUUGCCUAUUUAUAAUGAUCUAGUCUGAUACGAUGACAUUGUGAAUAAAAGCCAUGUCCUUAUUACUUAUAUAUACUACCUGGUAUUUUGUGGAUUAUGGCUACUAUAGUGCUUAUUCCCUAACGAGCAACUAAGAGAAGAUGCAAUAUUAAAAUGUGGAAGUCCCUAGAGGCCAUAGGGAUGUUUUAGAGGUAUAAAAUAUUCCUUAGUUUUUAUUAUAAAUUCCUUAUUUGUAGGGUAAAAACAUUUAAGAGAUAAUAUGGGUCUAACUUUCUCUCUUCUAGGAGAAAAUAGCUUUAUCUGAAAAAAACUCAAGAAGCGACUCAGUCUUACCAGAGGUUUUUAAUAGGGGUAUUUGGUUUCUUACAAUAAAAGCAUAUUUUCAUUCUGUUAUAGACAAAAAAAUCCCUGCUCAUUCUGUAAAUCGGAGACUGGAUUGCUUUCCAGAACUGUUUAAGAUUGGAAUGAUUUCCAUAAUUAUAUAAGAAGCAAUCUUCUUAUUUUGCAUCAUCACUUAUGACCAUCAUAUGUGACUGCAAAUUAGUUUUUAUCUUAUUCUAAUAAUCCAGCAUUCUAGACAAAUUACCAUGUGCUUUAUGUAAUCUGUUGAAGGAACUUUUGUGAUUCAUAUUUUGACAAUUUUUAUUAGUAUAAAAUUUUAUUUUACGAGCAUCUCAUUUACCUUGCAUAUAUAAAAAUGAGAUUAAACCAGGAUCAAAUAUGGAAAUGGCAACAGCAACCUCUGCCUAGAACAUAGGUGAAUAUCCCUGAUAUUCUGUUUAUUCUAUAAAAUGCAAAGAUCUAUAGAAACAUUUUCAUGUAUCUACAUUGGGUUUAAAUACAUGAAAAGUUUUCACCAGUUCUUCCUCCCUAAACUAAAACCAAACCAAACAAAACAAAAGAACCCAACCUUCUUUUUAUCUAGUAUUUACAUGCAGCCAGAUUAUAGUGGCUUCUAGACAUCAAGAAAAGGAUUUAAUUUAAAUUCUUUUUAUAUUCUAGAAAAUUCAAGACCAAGGCAUUUUAUUACCUAACUUGAAUUUUCAGAUAUUUUAAUAUAUUAAUCCAAAUGCUCUUCUUUAGCAUGUCAAAGUCAUUCCAUUUAAAAAUUUUGUUUAAUCUAAUCAUACACCUGUCCUUUUCAAAAGACCAAGAAAUCGUAGUUGUAUAAACUCUAUCAUUUCUGAUUUUCUAUAAAGCAUUGAUUCAUUAUUAAAUGCAUAUUCUUUAAAAAAUAAUAAUACCUCAUAAAGGGUGACAAAAUAAUUUCCUUUUUUGUUCUGUAAUGCUGAAUUUACAUUUUGAGCCUUAGUUUACUUACUUAGUUCUAAGAAUUAAACAAUAAAAAGUAUAACUAUAUAAUUAAUUGUGUUCCUGUGACUUGAUUUUUUAAAGUUUGCUUUCAUUUUAAAUUGAGAAUUUCAAGUUUUCAAGGACUGUCUAUUUUAGGCCAAUGUUGACUUAUGAAUAAAUUAAAAUUUUGGAAAUAUAUUAUUCAUCAAAAUUUUAUUCCUCCCUCUGCUUUGUGUUUUUCUUUUAACUCUUAAGUUCCCUUUCAAGUUUCAACUUCUACAUAGACAGUCAAGAAAAGAGAAAUCCCUGCCUUUUAGAUAUUGGUUUUCCUUGGAUUUUAUGAUUUUUAAAUUUUGCCUCAAUUUGUUGAGAUUUUUAAGAACCAACAUGAAGCUUCUAUGAUUAAAAAGUGUUUUUUGUUUGGAUCCAUAUGAACCAAGAUAUAUGGUUACAAAGACAAUUUUGCAACCAAAAAAAUGGUAUAUUAAAACUUAUUACACGCUUUGA